UAUUAGGGUUUUGUUCUCUCUUUUAACAUCCCAAUAUCAGGACUCUCCUGCCGCUCUUCUCUUCGCCGUCGCCUCCUUCGAGCUUCAAGCCUCCCAUCCUCUUCAGCCAUGGCGGACAAAGCAGUCACCAUUCGGACCAGGAAGUUCAUGACCAACAGGCUUCUCUCCAGGAAGCAAUUCGUCAUUGAUGUUCUUCACCCCGGCAGACCCAACGUCUCAAAGGCUGAGCUGAAAGAGAAGCUGGGCAGAAUCUAUGAUGUGAAGGAUCCAAAUGCCAUCUUUGUUUUCAAAUUCAGAACUCACUUCGGUGGUGGAAAAUCCACUGGGUUCGGUUUGAUCUAUGAUUCCGUCGAGAAUGCAAAGAAGUACGAGCCAAAAUACAGGCUAAUCAGGAAUGGCCUCGACACCAAGGUAGAAAAAUCAAGAAAGCAAAUGAAGGAAAGGAAGAACAGGGCAAAGAAAAUCCGAGGUGUUAAGAAGACCAAGGCUUCAGACGCAGCAAAAGGAGGAAAGAAGAAAUAAAUUUGCUGGAAUUUUGUGCUUAUGGUGGGCAAAGAUAAUCUGCAGAAUUGUGUUUUUUCGUUUAGUAGAGUCCCUUUUAGCUAUCUUCUUACUCUUCAAUUAAAUUAUGUUAAUCAGUGAUUUGGUUGUUGGUGAUUAGUGAUAUGAAAACUUUAGUUCUUUUGCAAGAGGACAGAAUUUUUGACAUUACAUUUCCUUGUUUCUCUUUUUAAUGUUUUGGUUGACACUUUAACCCAUUGAGGCUAUCAUUGGUAGAUUAUGAAAAUUGAUUGAUGGGAUAAUUCCAAAGCUUUAUCAAAUCUUC